AUUUUCAACUGCAAAACAAACAAAUGCCAUAAGUUAAAGUAAUUUGCAUUUAAUUUUAGUAAUUUCACCAAUCACAAAUCUUAAUUACCAGCCAGAGCGACAGCUGUGCUUCACUUGGCUAGAAAAUGCGUCCUUUCAAUGCCGGCGAUUGCCUGAGGCCAGUCGGGAACUCCAUCAACCGUGCCUUCGGAAAUAAAGAGCCUUGGCAGAUCGCAGCGAUUACGGCGACAACUGUGUUCGGCUUCGUUUGGAUCUGGACAGAGCUAAGCAAGGAUGAGGGUUUCUAUGUGCGCGGCAAGCGUCAGUUCUUUAAGUUGGCCAAAAAGCUACCAGCUGUUCGCCGGCGCGUGGAGAAGGAACUGAAGAAGGCUAAGGACGAUUUUGAGUCGGAUAUUAAGAAUAGCAAUCAGCACCUGCAAUACUCGAUACGUCUACCCGAGAAGGGUUUGUCCAAGGAGCAGAUUCUCAGCCUCGUGGACGAGCAUCUCAAGGCUGGUCACUAUAGCUGGCGUGAUGGGCGUGUUUCAGGCGCUGUGUACGGCUACAAUCCAGAGCUUGUGGAGCUGGUGAAAGAGGUUUAUGGCAAGGCUUCCUACACGAAUCCUCUCCAUGCUGACCUAUUCCCAGGCGUGUGCAAAAUGGAAGCCGAAGUGGUGCGCAUGGCCUGUACGUUGUUCCAUGGUAAUGCGGACAGCUGCGGUACAAUGACCACCGGCGGCACAGAGUCCAUUUGCAUGGCCAUGAAGGCGUAUCGGGACUAUGCACGCGAGGUGAAGGGCAUCACUCAGCCCAACAUUGUGGUUCCUCGUACAGUGCAUGCAGCCUUUGACAAGGGCGGCCAAUACUUCAAUAUACACGUGCGUUACGUGGACGUCGAUCCGGAGACCUAUGAAGUGGACAUUAAGAAGUUCAAACGUGCCAUCAAUUCCAACACCAUUCUGCUUGUUGGCUCUGCGCCCAAUUUCCCAUAUGGUACCAUGGACGACAUCGAAGCAAUUGCCGCCUUGGGCGUUAAGUACGAUAUUCCUGUGCAUGUGGACGCUUGUCUGGGCAGCUUUGUCGUCGCUCUGGUGCGCCAUGCUGGCUAUCAGCUGCGACCCUUUGACUUUGCUGUGAAGGGCGUGACGAGUAUCUCGGCCGAUACGCAUAAAUAUGGUUUUGCACCUAAGGGCUCUUCGGUCAUCAUGUAUUCAGAAAAGAAGUUCAAGGAUCAUCAGUUCACGGUUACAACCGAUUGGCCUGGCGGCGUCUACGGCUCACCCACUGUGAAUGGCUCCCGUGCUGGCGGCAUCAUAGCCGCCUGUUGGGCAACGAUGAUGAACUUUGGUUACGAGGGCUAUCUGGAGGCUACCAAACGCAUUGUCGACACCGCGCGUUAUGUCGAGCGGGGCGUGCGUCAGAUCGAUGGCAUAUUCGUCUUUGGCAAGCCAGCCACGUCUGUUAUUGCCAUGGGCUCGAAUGUAUUUGAUAUUUUCCGACUCUCAGAUGCGCUAUGUAAGCUAGGCUGGAAUCUAAACGCUCUUCAGUUCCCCUCUGGUAUACACAUCUGCAUCACGGACAUGCACACACGUCCAGGUGUCGCGGACAAGUUUUUGGCUGACUUGCGCACCUGCACGGAGGAGAUUAUGAAGGAUCCUGGCCAGCCGGUGGUUGGCAAAAUGGCUCUGUAUGGCAUGGCCCAGAGCAUACCAGACCGUUCGGUCAUUGGCGAGGUCACACGCCUGUUCCUACACUCGAUGUACUAUACGCCUGAAAAAUGAGAACGAAAUCAACGUCAGCAUUGCAGAGCACGUAUAUAUUUCUAGUGCAAUAUUCCAUACCACCACCUAUACCCGAUACUUGUUGCUGUUAUUGUUCCCACUCGAAGUAUCUACAUAGCAUUUAAUAAUAAUGCAUCAAUAUCUUAUUGUAACUAGGGUACAAAGUGUUUGUUAAUGAAAUUUAUUGAUAUCAAUGUCUGUGUACAUGCGUAUUUGUCUGUGAAGCUCAAGACCAUGUUA